AUGGAGGCCGAGGCCCUGACAACUGAUGUCGAAGCAAGGAGAGCACCCACCUCUCGACAGUCAAAAGCCCCAUCCCCUAUGAACCUGUCCUACAAAGGUCGUGUUCGUACAGGAUGCCUCGUCUGCAGAGCUCGGAAGGUGAAAUGCGACGAGCAACGGCCAACUUGUCGAAAAUGCCUCCGCCUGAAAAGGGCAUGCGUCUACAGGAUUCCGAGCAGAUGGGAACCGCCAAUAGAUUCGAACCUGGGACCGGAACAAUAUCCACAAAAUCCACACAGCACUGAGUUAGGCCCAGGUAACGUCUCGCCGCAAACAGAAUCCGGAGACUACGCCAAUCCUUCACAACAUGCCUUCAUAGGAGCGAGUUCCUACUCAGGUUCUCAAGAGAUCCCCAGUAUGUCCCAUCGCAUCGAACUAUCAGACCAUCAUCUUCCAGCAUCUGGUAAUUCCAACGAGUCGUCUCCCAACCCUCAUGCGCAUCACCUACGACACGAGCUGGGUCUCAAUACAUCCGAAAUCCCCACAGACCGAUUUCGGCAAACUUCUCAUCUUAUUUAUCUAAGCACCAUCGUGGAUUGGAUGGCAGCCUCCGAAAUGCCCAAUCCAUCCUCAUUCUCUUACUUUAUCGAAGUCGUGGACUGUCCUCUACUCUCACCCUUCGAUACCUUGAAUUGGACCAGGGUCAAACACCAUAUUGCUCUCCUGGGUUCCCACCAGACCUCAGUCGCCGAGUCAUUGCUGGCUGUUCAGGCUCUAUAUAGAGCUCAAGUGGACCGAUUGCCAAUGGCCCACGCCAUUUCAGUGUACCAAGCCGCCGUCAUCGGGUUUGAAUCGAUAUCAACCGACGAUGAAGUGGACUUUGAGAUAGUCUUGGUCGAUGCCUUCCUGAUUUGUCUCUGCGCCGUCACUUUACCGAAUGAGGAUGGCCCUCACCUCGCCGUAUUCGGAGGAGCUUUCGAGACAAGACUCGAAACGUGGUUGCUGAACAGGCCUCAGUCACCUAUUCCCUUACGAAUCUGUGCAUGGCUGCAGCUCCUCAACACGACCACCAAGCGGCCAGGCUCUGCUGGCCUGCUAUCCACGUCGGUGCCCAACCUUCUCUCCGACCACAUCAAGGAGGUCCCUAGCCUCUCGACACUUGAUCACGACGCGCACCCGGAACGCUACUUGUACGACGCUGUCGCCACACCUAUCUUCACUUUCUACUUGAAGCUCCAAACAAUGUCGAACCGAGUCGCAGAUGUUACACAUUACCGUCGAUCCCGGACCACACCCCAAGACCAGGAAGAGGUGACUGAGCUGAUGGCCGCUCUGAAGAAAGACCUGGCUUACCUAUGGGCGAAUCGGCCUGCCCCAAUGCAAUUACAACCGGACAAAGUUCGAGAGCAUUUCUCUGUGCAGAUUUCCGAUCCACUCAUUGCUCUUGCUGGACUGUGUAUCGCGGCGUUCCACGCGGAGGUCAUCGUAGUCGGCCGGAUCCUGGGGGAGCCUCCGCUUCCAUCGUCCGAGGCCAUGCAAGCUCUGGAGCAAAUCCGGGCUGUCGUCCAAGGUGACUGGAAUGUCUCUGCCGAUGGAGGACUCAAUCCAGGAUACGUUCGGCCCUUAUUUGUGUACGCCCUCGAAAGCUUCGAAAGGGAUGAUUCGCAGUGGGCAGUAGACCGGCUUAGGCAGAUCAAGCAUCCCAUCAGUAGAGGCAACUUUCUCGCUUCGUUUGUGGAGGCUCAUGGAGAGGCUCAGAGAGCUCAGAGUAGGAGGGUGACGAUGAAGUACUUUUGCUACAAGACAUUUGGCGUGCCGCUGCCGUUUAUGUAA